CAAAACUAACACAAUUUGUAAGAAGUGUGCUCAAAAUGUGAAGCAAUUUGGGACGCCCAAACCUUGUCAGUACUGUAACAUAAUUGCAGCAUUUAUUGGUACCAAGUGUCAGCGUUGCACAAAUUCAGAAAAAAAAUAUGGACCUCCUCAGACCUGUGAACAGUGCAAACAACAGUGUGCUUUUGAUCGGAAGGAGGAAGGAAGAAGAAAGGUUGAUGGAAAGUUGUUAUGCUGGCUCUGUACGUUAUCAUACAAGAGAGUUUUACAGAAGACAAAAGAACAAAGGAAGAGCCUGGGGUCUUCACAUUCCAAUUCAUCUUCUUCAUCUCUUACUGAGAAAGACCAGCAUCAUUCAAAACAUCAUCACCACCAUCAUCACCAUCACCAUCGUCACAGCAGUAGCCAUCACAAAAUCAGCAACCUAAGUCCAGAACAAGAGCAAGGACUGUGGAAACAGAGCCAUAAAUCCUCUGCAGCAAUUCAGAAUGAAACUCCAAAGAAAAAGCCCAAAUUGGAAUCUAAGCCCUCUAAUGGAGAUAGCUCUAUAAAUCAGUCAGCAGAUAGUGGGGGCACAGACAAUUUUGUCCUUAUAAGUCAACUGAAAGAGGAAGUGAUGUCUCUUAAGCGUCUCUUACAGCAAAGAGACCAGACCAUUUUGGAAAAAGAUAAAAAGCUAACAGAACUAAAGGCAGACUUUCAGUACCAAGAGUCAAAUUUGCGAACGAAGAUGAACAGUAUGGAAAAAGCUCACAAAGAAACUGUGGAACAACUUCAGGCCAAAAACAGAGAACUACUCAAACAGGUCGCAGCAUUGUCAAAGGGUAAAAAGUUUGAUAAAAGUGGAAGCAUACUAACAUCUCCUUGAGAAAGUAGUUAUUUGUGUAGUGUUUCCUCUUACAGUGUAAAUUUGGGGGGAAAAUUCUGUGAAGCCCUUAAAUUCUGUGUAGUGGGAAAAUAUUUUUACACACCAAAUGAAUUGGUGUGUUUCCUAUUCACUUUUGUAACUGAUAUACAGCAUUUUUAAAGUUGUAAAUGUUGAAAUAAAACUUCAACUGGUUUGAAGUCACUUUUUAAUUAUCUGAUACCCAGGAACUCUUUUGCCAGCAAUAGUAUAUAUUCACAGUGGUGAGGGAGUGCAUGGUAGUGCUCUUUGUAAAACGCAACAUGUAAUAAUAGAGUAGGGGUGGGUUCGGAAGUCAAGGCAGCAGGGCGUUUGGUUGUUUUGUUGUACACUACACUAAUUUCAGAUAAAUCGUUUUCAGUUUAGAAAUACAGAAACUUUUGAACAAGAAAAAUGGUGAACACUGAUUUUUUGAGAAUUGUGUUUUUACUUUGCAUCAACAUGAAUUUCAGAGAGAGUCAUGGUGCUUUUAUUAAAUGAACUUCAGAAUAUAUGUAAAUGUGUUUCUAAAAAGUUACACCAUUCACAUUACGUAGUAGCUUAGCAUUUUCAUUAUUGGCCUAGAAAUUCAUGUUUAUUGUACAGUUUACAAGGUAAAAUGUGUUUCUGUUUUGUAAAAACUGUAGAUUUUUACUUACAAGUGCCUUUUUGCCACCUAAUGUUUUUAUUUAUAGGAAUGCCAAUCUUUUGUACAUACAGUUUCUUUUAAAAUCAUGUUUAAUAAAUGUUUGUAUAUAAAUGCAUAUGUACAGAAGCCUAUUUCAAAAGGAAAUCAAAAUUGCUAGUAAAAUGUUCGAGAUUGCAUUAAGAACUAACUGAUAACACAUAUAGACUUUAGGAGAUUUGUGGUUUGUUUCUGUGUGAUCAGGGAAGCUUUUGGUCAUUGAAUUCACUUAAUUAUGCCAAAAUACUUCCCCAAAGAUUUAAUUUUAGAUUACUUCUGAGAGAGUCAUUUUAUUUUUUAUGUUAUAUGACUUCAUGAUUCAUAUUUUGUGAGUAACAUGUUUUGCUUUAUGAUUUUUUUAUAAAAUUACUUUAAAAAUUAUGUUUCUAUAAUGGUCCAUGUAUAUGCUUUCCUUAUAAUGUGUGGUUAUCUUAAGUUAAUAUUUAUGUACACCAUACUUAAUUUGUAAGUUUAAAGCAAAUCUGGAAAAAAAAUAACUUUUUAUCUAUCCUGUGAUUAUCUCUGAAUAAAUUGAAAUCUAUAAGAUUCAGGCACUAUUUAUAAGUAAAUUGUCUCAAAGUCUUUAAAAUUGUCUAUAAAAGGUUAAGGCAGGGUGGGAUAAGUUAUGUGAAGUUAUUAACUAAUUAUAUUGUGAUCCAGUGGUUUUCAGCCUGCAGUGGAAUUGUUUAAUGUAAGUUCAGACUUUUAGCUCGACUUUAAAAUCUCAGGCAUUGCUAGAUACACUGUAUAGAGGGAAAGAGUUCCUUGCCUUAGGAAUUUAUGUGCAAAGAUAAAUUUGUUUCAAGUAAACUGUUACAAAAUUCAUCAGUUUUGAAGGUUUUGAUUUUAGACAAGUAUUGAUUAUGAACGUCACAUCAAAGAUUGGCUUUCUUAAAAACAAACACAUCAUGAUUGUAACAGUUCUCUUUAACAUGAUGUGUGUUUUGGUAGACUUCUUACGGUUGUUCGUUAUAAAGUGAUACCAAAUAAUUAUUUGUCCAAUUUGAAAGCAUAGUGUAAUUUUCAAGUGACAGUAGAAGUUUAUUUUUAUGAGACCUUCAUGUAAUCUUCCUUAAAGUUUGUACUCUCAACCAUGCUUGAUAUGCCUUAACAUGGGUUUUAAUGUUUGCAAGAUUUGCUCAAUUCAUAAGAUAGUUAACUACCUUUCUUUAUGAUUUGUAAUGUUUUAUAUUCUUGUUUCAUAGCCGUUGUCAGUCCACAGUGGUCAUUCUUGUUUUACUGUGUCACAGUUCUUAUACCUUGUUGGAGAUGCUACAGAGGAAAGCUGUCUGCCCCCCUCCAGCUUACAUUGAAACUGAAAAUAAUAUAAUUUUAAUUUUAGCUAACGUUAAAAUUGAAGGUAAUUUAAUUUUAACGUUAGCUAACAUUAACAGUCUAAAUAAUAAAACUUGGUAAAUUCCAAGGCUAAAAAUCUUUUAGGGGCUUCACAGUAUUUAGUCCUAAUUAAAUACCCGAUCUUUAUUCUAUGACCUUAUUUUAUAACUUAAGUUUUUUGCAAUUGUAUAAACUAGUAACUGAGUCCCAGUCCUGGAUCUGUAGUGUGUUGACAUAAUGAGCUGAUAUUCUUUGAAUGUGGACCUGUAAGGAGAUAUUAUGGUGUGCUGUAUCGUGCUUUUAGCCUGUUUUCUGCUAUUAAUUAGCAUUUACCGGUGAGGGUCAUUUUGGCUCAAGUUAUUUAUGUAUUAAUAGCCUGUGAAUAUUGCAGUCCUUUUUAGAUUAUAUUGGUCUAAAUAUACAUUCUGCAAUGAACCCGUUAAGCUGUUCACAUGUAUAGACUAUUGAAAUACUGUACUUGUACACAUCUGACUGUUGACAUUUUGUACUUUUUUCUAAAUCCAACAUUUCACAAUAAAAACUUGUCAAAGGCU